AAAAAGUAGUUUACUUCACUUCUUGAACUUCACUGUACUGUGCAAAAAAACAGAGAGAAAAAACACCAAAAACACACACUCACUGUGUUUGUUUUUCCUACUGAUAACUCAUAAUCUACACAGAAAUUGAAUGUUUGUGUUACAUACAUGCGUGAUCUCUGCCAGAAAUGUAAGUGAAUUUUAGGUAAAAAAAUAUGGAGAUGUAUGGUGGAUCACAAUCUGAUCAGCAGCCAGAAUGGGUACCUGUUGGACCGGAAACCGGUCUAGAAGAAUCAAUGAGGAGGUUGGGGUUAUGGAGCAAUGAAGGGUACCCGGAAAGGUCCGGGACACCUAAUUGUUCCUUCUAUAUGCGUACGGGGUCUUGUGGAUAUGGUGCUCAAUGUCGGUAUAAUCAUCCUCCUGAUUUAACCUCUGUUGGUGUUGUGCCGUUGGAAAGAAGUGAAUAUCCAGAACGAAUAGGAGAGCCUAUAUGUCAGUACUAUCUAAGAACAGCGACCUGUAAAUAUGGUGCAUCGUGCAAGUUCCACCAUCCAAGAAACUUGGGUGGAUCUUUGAGCAAUGUACCACUAAAUGAAUAUGGAUACCCAUUACGCCCGGAGGAAAGAGUAUGCUCCUAUUAUUUGAAAACGGGGCAAUGCAAAUUUGGUUUAACAUGUAAAUUCCAUCAUCCUAACCCUGCUGAGGUAUCAGCGCCAGUAACUGCACGGCCAUUUUAUCCGACAGUGCCGUCUCUUCCUGCACCUCUUGAAGAAACGAGGCCUCAACUCUUACCUAGUUCUUAUGUACCUGGUACUUACGGUCCAGUUCUGCUUCACCCAGGAUUAGCGACCGUUCAGAACUGGAGCACUUAUUCGGCACCGGGAAGUCUUGCACUAUCACAACUAGCAUCUUCGACACCUGCCAUUGCAGCACCUUACUCCUCGUUACACUUAGCUGAUGGCCCGUCAAGCAGUGCAUUGCAGGAAAAGCAUUUUCCUGAAAGACCAGGCCAACGAGUAUGUCAAUAUUACAUGCAAACGGGGGAUUGUAAAUUUGGAUCAUCAUGUAAGUUUCAUCAUCCUGCCGACUGGAGUCCAUCAAAGACAGAUUGCGCUGUCAACUCCUUAGGCCUUCCUUUGCGCCCGGGGGUGCAGCCUUGUUCCUUCUUUAUGCAAAGAGGAUUCUGCAAAUUCGGUGGCACUUGUAAAUUCGAUCAUCCAAUGGGAACAGUACGAGAUAGUUCAUCAGCUUCUUCUCUUCCUGAUAUACCGAAUGCCCCUUACAUGUCAUCGCCAGAAUAACAAUCCGGAUUGUUUCAGGAUCCAAUACGGACCCCUCCUCAUUGUGUAGCGUAGCGUCUGGUAUUUCUUCAAUACCGAAUAUGCAACUCUCAAGUCGGCGAAGUUGGCCAGCAAAGUUGAUGUAAACAACAACUCCUAUGUAUGCUUUUCCUGGUAAUUUCUGUACAUUAUGAAUAAAUGGCUCAAUGUUACCUUCUUUCAA